UCCGGCUUGAGGAAUCUACCUUCUUCUUUGUCGACACCGAAUCAAUCAGUGUCAGUGUGCAUGCGGCGGAGGAAGGGCAAUGAAUUUAGUUUGCUCUCUGCUGAUUGCAGUUCUUCUUUACUCAUCAUGUCGUGCCACCUUUCUGGCGAAAAGCGCAGUUCAAACUUGCGUACGGGGCGAUGCAUCCGCCAACAAUCUGAAAUGCCAGCAGAAGCUGGUGUUGACAUUGGCACUGCGAGGAGGACAGGCAGGUGAACAGACGUAUCGCACAACCGUGUCGAGUGCCAGGCUUGAGGACACCGGCGUGGAUGCAAGCAUACUCCAGUCCGUGGACGUCCAGGUGCAGAAGACGCGAGUCAACAUCUACUACCCGCUACGCUACGUCUCGAGUGUCAACAAUCACCCCAAGGAGGAGGUCAAGGCAAAGAUACAUGUGAAGGGUGGAUUCCUGGGCCUGGGCAGCUGGGUGGAUCGCUGCAAGGAUGCGCCAGGGACCGAUGACACCACGUGUGGCUACGCCUUCAACGGCACCAGUGGCGAGCGCAUACGAGACAGCCAGGCGAGUACCUCUGCAAUGCCAGCAUGA